GAGGGGAACAAAAUAUAUAUAUAUACAAUAACUUGAGCUGGAAAGCUCAGUUGCCAAGAUCCCACUGAGCAGAAUGGAUACAGACAAGACAAAUGGGAUUCUGAGAGAAGGGUUCCUGGUGAAAAGGGGUCAUGUUGUACACAACUGGAAGGCACGCUGGUUCGUGUUGAUGCCAGAUAAGCUGCUGUACUACAAGUAUGAAGGGGGCCAAAAGGACUCAUGUCAGCGGGGGACAAUUCUCCUGAAGGACUGCAUAAUAACUAGUCCUUUUCUGGAGUAUGAAAAUCGACCGUUGGUGUUCAAGCUCCAGACAAAGAAUGGGGUGGACCAUUACUUGGAGGCUUGUUCCCGGGAGGAGAGGGAUGACUGGGCAGGUAACAUCAUGGCUGCGGUCAACAAGCUGCGGACGGCUGAAGGUGGGAAGGUGACAAACCAGCCAGACCCUGCUGGAUCCCGCUUACACAACAUUAAUCUGAGCAAAGUGUUGGACUCCAUGUAUGACGUCCACAGUGGUAUCAGGAUGAGCAGCCAUGUGGAACAAGGCAGCACUUACAGCAACUGUUUCUCAGGUUCAGCGGUGGUGGACUGGCUGGUGUUCAUGCAGCUGGCUCUGACCCGUGUGGAGGCCAUGACGCUGGCCUCAGCCCUAGUGGAGGAGGGUUUCCUGCGCACCGUCGGCCUGAAGAGUGUGGAGGCGUACCGCACCGCCGGCCUCAGUGAGCAGUUCAUGGAUGACUCCACUGCGCUGUACAGCUUUUCUGACAGCUUAAAGAAGAGAGGCAGUGUGAAGGCGGAGAAGUCGCUUUCUGCAGUGGAGCUCAGUGGAAAAGUGAUCAAGAGAGGAUAUCUACUUAAACAGGGACACAGAAGGAAGAACUGGAAGGUGCGACUGUUUGUGCUGCGUUCACAGCCUUCUUACCUUCACUAUUAUGAUCCCACCAAGGAUGACAUCAGCCCCGUUGGCGGCUUCUCACUGCGAGGCUGCCUGGUGUCUUCUCUGCAAGAUAACGGAGUUCCCUCAGGUGUGAAAGGCAACAUUCAAGGCAACUUGUUUAAAAUCAUCACUCAGUCAGACACGCAUUACUUCAUCCAGGCUCCGACCGAGCAGCAGAAGAUGGAGUGGAUAGAAGCAAUCAGGGAGCACACAUAGAGCAGCCAAGUUAAAACAGCACUUCUCAACAUAACCAAUGUUUCAUUUAUCUAGGUAUGAAAGAAGAAAUGUAUUAUAUUAUACACAUUCCAUGAAUGUACAGUAUACUGUAGCAACAAACUGGGGACAUGCAAUCAGAUGAAAGUGUUUCUAGUUACAAAACAUUACUGUUCAUAUACCUCUAAAAAUGCUUUCAGUUUUAUUGUUCUGUAUUUGAAAGUAAAGAUGGAGGAUUUAAAGGCUUUAAAGCCCAACAGUCGUAGCAAAAUCUCUUGUAAUCAUUCAUUUUAAGUUAAAAGUUUGUCAUGUAUUUUAUAAAAAGAAACGUUCAUUAUUAAACUAUGAAUCAUUUUGACUUUAUUCUCCUU